AUGUAUGAAGGUACUGGAGAUCCCGACAACCACGUUGCCCAGUACAAGCAACGCAUGCUAGCUGUGGCCAUCCCUAGAGAAGCAAGGGAAGCUACCAUGUGCAAAGGAUUUGGGUCAACAUUGACCGGUCCUGCUCUUCAAUGGUACAUUAACCUCCCCACGAAGUCCAUCAGGUCCUUUGCGGCCCUUAGUGACAAGUUCGUGGAGCAAUUCGCCAGCAGCUGCCAUCUAGAGAAGAGAUCAGACGAUCUAUACCAAGUCCUCCAGCAUAGGAAUGAACCCUUGUGUUCCUACAUAGCACGCUUCAACCAAGAGAAGGUGGUUAUCCCUGAGUGCAACACUGAUACGGCUAUCUCGGCCUUUAAGAGGGGUCUACUUCCAGAAGGAGAUCUCUACAAGGAGCUGACUAAGUAUAAGUGCAGGACCAUGGAAGACGUGUUGUCCCGCGCUUGGGAUCAAGUAAGAUGGGAGGAAGACGUCGCAAGUAGGGCAAAGGCUUCCUCGAAGCAUGAUCAGAAACCCUCAAAACCAGUAAGGAACGAUAGCGACGAGGCCUUCCACCCUAAGUCCGCUAAGGAGACUAGCAAUCCAGGCAGGGGCAGGUACCAGAACCGUCCUUUGCCUAGAUCCGAAGGGAUGAUGGUGUUUAAUUGGCCCGAUAUCUCUCAUCUUGCGAUAACGAAGCCAGAACUGAUCGGCGUCCUACGACAAAUGGGUCCACAGGAUUGCAUAGCCCUGAAGAUAGAAGUCGCCGAGCUUCUUAAGAAAGGCCAUCUGAGAGAAUUCCUCUCGGACAAAGCCAAAAACCUCUUGAACAAGGAGGGUCCCGGCCUUCCCACUGAAGCAGCUCCCACAUUGCCACCACAACAAGACCGAGUAAUCCAUGUUAUCUCUGGUGGAUCGGAAGUGAGCGGCAUCAGCAGCGCCGCGGCCAAGAAGAGUACUCGCAACGCCAGGAAUGGCCAAGAGGCCGAGGAUCCUAAGCGCCUAAUCUUAGGGACAGACGAGAUCAGCUUCAAUGCAAAGUAG